AUGGAUGAUCCUGACCUGACAAACUGCUAUAGGUGCCUUGCCAUUGACGUAAAGUGAGUCACAUGGCCUGUCACUAAGGUGAGAUGAGCGUGGUAGGCAGUUUUACAGCUUUGACAUACUACCUAGGGCACAGGGAAGAGCAAUUAUCCGUCUUCAUUCAGUUUGCCAUAACAGUACAGGAUAACCUUUUACUUAGAUUACACAAGUAAUAACCGGGGGACGAACAUAUUCAAUGCCAAGGCCGGAUACCACAAUUUAAACCAUGUUUACAUGUCCUCAUCUUCCAAUUCAUGCGCAACAAGUGAUAGUUACGGGUCCGAUGGGCUGUUAGUUGCAGCCAGUAUCUUCACUUUAGCAGUGGGAACCAGGGGCAGCAAGAAGAUGAGUUCCUUCCCAAUGUAGUGAAAAGCAUUCGGCUGAUUGCAAGGCCGGAUACCACAAUUUAAACCAUGUUUACAUGUCCUCAUCUUCCAAUUCAUGCGCAACAAGUGAUAGUUACGGGUCCGAUGGGCUGUUAGUUGCAGCCAGUAUCUUCACUUUAGCAGUGGGAACCAGGGGCAGCAAGAAGAUGAGUUCCUUCCCAAUGUAGUGAAAAGCAUUCGGCUGAUUGCAAUGUAGAUCAAACUUCAAAACCUUUCGACUGGAUGAAAGUUAAGAGGAAACCCCCUAAAACAGGUUUGUUAUCUACUGGGACAUGGUCAGAAAUAACACUGUCAUGACAAAGGUUAAUUUAUAGAAAACAUUACAAAAUAAAUAUAUUUUUAGAGGACAUGUAACAGAGACACUGCCUAAUCAAUGUUUGUGGUGUCCAUGUUGGUGCAUAAAAAAUGUAGGGUAGUAGAGGCGGCAGGUAGCUUAGUGGGUAAGAGUGUUGUUCCAGUAACCGAAAGGUCGCUGGUUCUAAUCCCCGAGCCGACUAGGUGAAAAAUCUGCCGAUGUGCCCUUAAGCAAGGCACUUAACCCUAAUUGCUCAUGUAAGUCGCUCUGGAUAAGAGCGUCUGCUAAAUGACUAAAAUGUCAAAUGUAAAAUGUAGAGGAUAACCCCCCCCCCCCCCCCCCCCCCCACUGUAAUUCACAUAAAGACCAGAAUAUAUUUUCCCAACACUUUCCCUGGCUGUCACUGUUCUUGCUGAACAAAACAUUUCCUCUGUGUCAUCACAACUUUUGGAGAUAUUUCAACAAAACGAUUUUGUGGUAAAUUGAUCUAAUUUUUGAAAUUGUGAAAAAGUUGUAGAUAUAUUCUAAUGAAGUUGUAAAAAAUAUAUAUACAAGUAGGAAAGCCUUAAGAUAAAUAAUCCACUUGUUUUGAGAGAAAAAUGUAGAUAUUUCUUUAGUAAAGUAGUAAUAUGUUGGAUGAGCAUGUUGGGGACGACUCCUCCCGGGGGCUAGUUACCCCUUAAUGGUUAUGAAUGUGUUUCUACAUGUCAUUUAGUUUAUGCUAACCUGCUACCUAGCAACUUCACUAGCAGUAAAUGCUAGCUCACGAGCAUCACAUAAUCAUAAUAAGUCUAUAUAGUUUAUUCCUGUUUUCAUUCCUUCAUUUAAAAUUCAAUCUAUUCAAUCAGUUCCUUCAUCCAUUCAUUCACUUUUACAGUUUCACAAUAUGGAGUCCCUGGCCAACAGAAUGUAAUCCGCACCAACUUCACUACAAAGCAGCUGACAGAGCUCGAGAAGGAGUUCCAUUUCAACAAGUACCUGACCAGGGCUCGGCGAGUGGAGGUUGCAGCUACUCAAGAGCUCAAGGAAACUCAAGUGAAAAUCUGGCUCCAAAACCGCAGGAUGAAGCAGAAAAAGCUUGAGAAAGCAGGCACGGUUUUUGUAAACACAGCAGCACCGGCAAAUGAUGUGGUAGAGAUCACCUCAUCUUCUCCCGAUGUGUCACCAAGCUCGAAGACCAAAAGCAAUCAUUUUACAAAUAAUAUCUGA